AGCGGGUUGUGCGACGCGCUCUGUGCUGUUUACCUGAGCGACGUUGCUCUGCUGCUGCUCCCUUUUCGCAACACGGGCCUGCCUAGACGUUCCCAGCUCCGGGGCGGCCUGCGAGGAAGCCCCUGCAGAGGAAAAGUGCUGCCUCCGGCCCCUUUGUCGAGUGGGGCUCACCGGGGCUGAAUUUCGAGCUGAGGGCUCGGCCGCAUAAGCAUUUGCCCCUUAAAAUGCCGUGAGUUAAUCUGGGCGUUUUAGUGGGCAAGGUACCCCAAAUGAAGGGUAUGGGGCCCCCCAGGUGGGACCAGAUGCUUUCUUCCCUACUUCAGAAAGUAACUGCUAGCUUUGGGAGACGAUAGGGAGAAAUGCGGCUUCUUUUUGUGUUUCCUUUGCCGUUCGGAACAGCACCUUCGUCCCGGUGUUCUUGUGAAGAUUCUCCCAUUGGAUGGUAUCGCCCAACUGUACAGGGUUUUUACAAGCAUCGUCAGCAUUUCAAGUAAAAAAUAAGGAUGGAAAAAUAUGCAUAUUAGCCAAUUUCUCUGCAGAGUUCACAGUGGACUAUGUCACACAGAGUAAAAAAGUGCAGAACGUAACCUUCACACUGCCAGCUAAUGCUCAUGUACUGGAAGAUGAAAGCACCUGUGGCGGGAAAGAUACUUCGCAAGUUAUUGCAGUUGGAUUUGGUUAUGGGCAUUCAUUGAGCAUGACAUUUGAAAAGAAGACUGUUUUCUACAUGGUUACUAACCUGACCUUUAAGUACAACUUGUCGGAUGCCACCUUUUUCCAUGAUGCAGUUGGAAGCAUGGAAGAAGCAACCAAAGAAACUGAUAUUAAAGCACACUUGGAUACAAGGUUCAUGUGUCACAACAAGCACAUGAUACACAUGAGGAAUGUGACAGUUCGUCUCAGUAAUGUUACACUUGAAGCGUACCUUCCAAAUAACACCUUCAGUAAAAAUGAAACGAUCUGUGCUGAAGAUAAAGGGUCUACUACUCCCGUUGUUCCAACUACUCCCGUUACAACAGCUACCCACAUACCUAUAACUACUAGCUCAGCACCACCCACACCCUCCAAAAUCCCAGAUACUGGACGGUAUAAUGUGACUGGCCUGCAUGGAACCUGUUUGCUUGCAUCUAUGGGUCUGCAAGUCAAUGUCACCUACACUACGAAAAAUAAGACUGAUAAAUCAGAAGUGUUGAAUCUUCCUGCAAAUGCAUCUUACUCAGGAACCUGUGAGAAUGCCACAGUUACUUUAAAUGUGACUUCUAGGAGUGUCAGUAUCUUUCUCAGUUUUGCUCAGAACUCAAGUACUGAAAAAUACUUUCUGCAAGUUAUCAGCGUAAGCGCAGGUCUGCCUCCUGAAGCAGCAAGAAAAACUAUUAAUGCUGUCAACAAUACCCUGAGUGCCCUACAAGCUACAGUUGGGAAAUCUUACAAAUGUGUUUCAAAAGAGAGUAUCUGGCUCUCAAGCAUAGCAUCUGUCAACAUAUACAAUGUUCAAAUCCAGGCUUUCAAGAUUUCAGGAAACAAGUUUGGAGCAGUGGAAGAAUGUCCACAGGAUGAAAACAAUAUGUUGAUCCCUAUCAUUGUUGGUGCAGCACUUGCUGGACUUGUCCUUAUAGUGUUGAUUGCAUAUUUAAUUGGAAGAAAACGUAGCCAUGCUGGCUAUCAAACUAUUUAAUAAUUUGCACUUAAACCAGAGUGGAAGAGCAGCAGUUGCAAGAAGCAGAUACAUUGAUCCCCCCUUCAUCUUCCUGUCAGUCAUAUGAGGGAGCACAAUCUUUUCUUUAUCAGCUGUUUCUUCCAGUAUCUGCUUAACUAAAUGUGAAAUUCAUCUCGUGGCAUUUAACUAUGCACAAAAGAUAACUUCUAUAAUUCUGUUUAAUUUGCUAAUGGGUUAAAUAUUUACCCACCUAGAAACAGGCUGCUGUUUUAAGAAUGCUUUUCAGAAUUGGCAUGUUUUUUAAUAUCAACUACUCAAAAUGAGUGAUAGUUAAUUCACAUUCACUUAAAUUCAGAUUAAUUGUAUCUAACAAAGGGAAACUUCCACUUCCUACUACCAACCUGUGCUGAACUUAGUUACUGAUCUUAUGCAGUUGAAGUAAUGACUGACCAAUCAAGCUCAGUUAUUCCUACUUUGUCUCUACCUAGAUGUGUAUCAUUAAGCUUUAAAUACUAAGCCCAGUAUAUGAAAGGUGUGAAGAUACAAUUUGGCUGACUCUUAAAAGAUAUUUUUGGUCUGUCAACUUGGUAGGAGUUGGCCAUUUUUUUACAUAAAAUGGGUGUUACUUUAUUUUUUUGUAAAGUAAAUUUCAGUCUCUUCUGUUGGAAGUUCAAAGGAGAUCCUAUUUCUGCACAUGUGUACAAUAGACUUCAAUCUGCUAAUUCUUGCUUUGACUUUGGCUGGGACUGUACACUGCAAGGAUCAGUUAUGGAUGCAUUGCCUGUAACAAUGCUAAUAAAGACUUUUCUGUA